UUAUACCCAGGCGAAUAAUACUAGAUCUUUGUAUCAUCUGGAGAAUAUCUUUCUCCAGGGUUAGGGUUCGGGUUAGGUUUAUAAAUUACAUGUCAAACGUACAAAUUGAAGCUGUAACAACGGUGGAUUGUGGCUAAAACUAUUCUGAAGGGUUGUGAGGGUUAGAAUUCUGGAUUAAAUCAAAAUGAAGUGGUCACCACCGAAAAUCGAGGAAUACAUUGAAAUAUUCUCUGCACUAAACACCCCAGAACACAGAGAAACUGACAGUGAAGAUCAUGAUGUUGUUACCAGUGUAUGUUAUUGUCGUGGAAUGGACCUUCAAAAAGUUGGCAUUCCACGCAUGCCACAUGGCAUUAAAAGCAGAGACUUCACAAAAGAAAUUAUGUCUGUUGAGACAUGUCUAAAAGUUUUACCAAAGAGACAAGGCAGAGGAAGAGCCAGAAUGUUGGAAGAAAGAGAAGAUCAUUUUAAUCUUGUAGGAAAAACUAGAAACCAGAGUAUUACGUGUUUAGAAGAUUUAGAUAAUACUUCAACUAUAGACUCAUUAUCAACGAGGGACACUACUUCAGAAACAAGUUCACUGUUUGGUGAUUGUGAAUUUAGUGAAACAGAUGAUAAUGAAGAAAUACUUCCUACUAAUCAAAAACCAAUUUGUAUACCAGUACCUAAACGUCCAUUUGUAAAACCUCCACCCCCAAAGACCUUUAACCAUGAAAGUGUGAGUGAUUUCCCUUUGCUUAGUAGUAAUGCAGACACAGAUAAUAGCCUUAAAUUUCAACCUGUGAAACGAAAGAGGAGAGAAAAGAGGAAAAAAAUGGCAGUAACCGUGAAAAAUACUCUUGGUGCCACAGCAGAUAUUCUAACGGCAACAAAACCAGUCUAUACCAAACCUCUUGGUAUGAGUAUUUCAGGGAAAGAUAUAAAUAAAAACUGUUUGAGGGCAUCUGAAAAUGUUUUUUGUGAUUCUGAAUUAAGGAGAAGAGUUAGUUCCGAGCAAAAUUGGAAACUUUCCGGACCUUGUGUGGUGCAGUUGGAAGGUGUACCUGUAACAGGUGAUCUCGAUAUCCUAGAAGAAACAUUGAACAAUUUUGGUAAAGUAAUGGAUUCCGAAGUGUAUGUAGAGGGGGAUAAUUAUACUUUGCGAUACAGGUUUAGUAAUGAAGAUGAAUGUGAAUGGGUUGUAUCAUAUCUUCAUGAUACAGAUAUGUUAUAUCCUGAUGCGCGUUCUGUCUUGGUGUGCUUUAGAGUUGAAUGAUGGUAAAUAUUUCUUUCAACAAAGUCAUUACAGAAAACCAUAUAAUGAAAAAGCAGCAAUAGUAGACCCUAGGAUCUGUCAACAACUAACAUUUCGUUAAUUACACAGCCAACAAGGGUUAGGUUUAGUGUUAGGUGUUUGUGGGCAGCUUCUGAAAUGACAUUAAAGUAGCUAAGUCUCUAACUCAAUAUCAUCCAAAAUCUUCGACAUUGAAAACACGAUUUAUUUGUCGGUUUAAAUCAACAUUGAUGUUGUGAUCUUACUGGGAAAAGAUGGCCUUCUGAUAUCCAAUAUUAAAGACAAAAUAAACAUUUUACAAUUGAUUUCUGCGCUAUUUGUAAUAAGGGACUCUAAAAACGAGGCUAGGCAUAUUCCACAAGUCAUGUCAAACGGUGACGCUAUAUUCUUAUUUGGAGAGCAAGCCCAAUAAAAAAUAUCGGCGUAGACUGGAAUAACCAGACGCUAGAGAUUGAAAUUCGAUUGAGAAUACUGGCGUAUAUCGCCGAACCUAACUGAUUAAAAAUUACAGCAAAAACAGAAAUGAUUGAAUGUAAAUCAUUUUAUAUAUAUUCAUAUUACAUUAUUGUAUGCGUUGCGGCCCAUUUGUGUCAAUUUCUAGGUCCCAAGUAUUAGCGACUUAGCUCCUUUAAAGCAAUAUUAAAUGGAUAGUUUGUCCCACUGCUUUCUAAAAACAUAGGGAAGCAAUGGUGCAAUACUGAAAAUCCACGCUUUUGGUGCUAUUUGGGACACAUCACACUUGUCACACAACAUGAAGCAUUCACAUUCAGGAACUUCUCCUUUAAGGUAUGUCAAAAUUUGAGGAAUUCCUCACGUCCUACUCCUAGAGAGAAGCCGUUCUAACCCUUUAUGCCCCAGUUCUUCAGAUUCCUUUAAGAUUUAUAAUUUUUAAAUAGGUUGUGAGAAAUUCUACCCAUUUUUAUACUUGAUCAAAUAACCUUUUCUUUAGUUGUUGUUUUAAACCAGACAAACUAAAAUGAACAAAUAUGAAAAAGGCUCAGUUAGAAGUUUCCAUAACAACAAUAGUAGCCAUUGCGUCGGAGAAAUAAACAUAUAUCUUAUUAAAACUCAAAAUUAGUUGUUUCUGAUUAAAUAUGAGGGUGGAAGUAAUUAAAAGAAACUGGUGAAUUGAACAUUUUUAAAAUUUAUUUGUUAUGGCUUUUUAAGAUUGUUGGAUUUUAAACGACCUUCUCGUAACUUGUCUUUUUAUUCCUGAUAGUUUUCCAGUUUUGCUGUCAACAGACCUGUAGGACCUUUUAUAGAUAUAAUAUUUGGUUGCAAUAUGAAAAUAUGUGAUAAAAAAUACUAGUCAGGUAUGGGUAUGUUGGCCAACCCCAUUUAUCCCUCAAAAUGGUUGUUACCAUUGCCAGGGCUGGAUUUAACUACCUGUGGGUCCGAAGACAAACUUAUCAGUGGGCUAGAGCUGGAGUGGGCCCAUCAAUUUAUACAAGUGUUGGCAUGUUUCCCUAUCCAAUAUACUGAAAUUAGAUUCAUUGGGCCUUCAGAUACAAUUGGAUCCUAUGCCAAGGCCUACUAUAGAUUUCUUCAUGGUUCAUGUAUGGCUGCCGAUGAAUUGCAUUGUGGGAUUUUUUGUGUUGUUUAUAAUUCUGGAUAUUUACGGGUCAUAAAAUUCUUUGAUACUAAUGAUUAUCCAGUACCUAUAUGUACAUGUCUUCUUGGGAAAACAACUCUGCUCGAAACAAUGCAUAAUCAAGUAGGUACUGGAUAAUCGUUAGUAUCAAAGUAUUUCACAACUUUGUAAGAUUCAGUAUUGUAAACAACGGAAACAAUCCCACAAUGCAAUUUGAGGGCAGCCAUAUGUAAACCAUGAAGAAAUCCAUGCCCAUUGGUAAAUCUGGCCUUGACUAUUGCUUCAGGAAUAUUAUGCAGUACUGUACAUAUAAAAAUAUAAAUUUAUUUUGUGUAAGAUUGAAUGAUAUUUGGUAACUGGUCUGGAAAUAAUGAUAUUAGUUGUACCGGACAAAAACUAACGCUGCCAUGGUUAAUCAUAUGGUGAAUUGGGAGAAGAAUUCGCCUAGCGUGUCCACUCAAUUGGCCUAAUGAAUUCCGCUGCAAUUUUGGCACAGAUUGAUUUGCCGCUUUAGAUCGGAUAACCAAUCUGGCAAUAAUGAUAUUAGUUGUACCGGACAUAAACUGUCAGGCAUAUUAAAGAUAUCAAUAAAAGCACAGAAAAAAGACAAAUCGGUGCCAGAGAAAAUGAUAGACACCAGAGGAAUUGUGCCUGACAAAGUUUGAAUCUGUGUCUGACAUUGUCUGUGACAGGUGCCCUAUUUCCAGGCUUGUACCAAUUUGGAAAAUUAUUUCAAAUUGCUAAAUUUGUAAACAUUCCAUCAAUUAUUGUUUCUGGUAUAAAAUUUGAUAAUGAUAAUAAAACCUAUAUUUUUAA